AGUUUAGCUAAUGAACAAUACGUUAAUGAUGACAAUAUAAAUCAUGUUGAGAUAAAUUAUUUAAAUAAAAUUAUUUGCACAAGAUCUAUAUAUAUUAUUCAACAGGUGGCAAAUAUGAUUGAUGAAUGCGUCAUGGAUUUUCAUUUCAAUUCUAAAACGGAAUCACAUUUGAGUACAUUUAUAGGAAAUCAUUUUUUAUCACAAUCCUCAACUAUACAGUUGUCAAAUUUGAUUGAACAAUCCGAACAUUUAGUUGUUAUGCCACAAAACUUUUUUGAUCUUAACCAAGUAUUAAACAUGCUUUCAUGUCGUUGGGGUACUGAAUGUGAACAUUUUUGGCUAGUGAUGCUUAAGUGUAUUGGAUUUGCCACGAAACAAAAUGCUAUAGAAACAAUUAUAGAGCUUCUACUUAAAAUUGAUCUUUCUAUAAUACCAUUAAAUGAUGAAAUAAUUACGAAUAGGAUGAACCUCGCUCGAGAAUUAAUUACUACUUUGGAGCUUAAAUGGAAGGACGUUGUUAGUUUUGCUGUCGAUAGAAUUGUGGAAAAAACCUUGAUAUACAAAAAACUUGAUUUGUCAUCACUAGCCAUUAACACUCAAUCUAUGAGAGUAUAUAAAACACUUGUUUAUUUUAUUGUAACACAUCCGGAAACGUCUAAUAUCAAUUUAACGGAGUUGACAAGUGGUUCAUUAGUAACGAGUAAAACAUGUAAAUGUAUAUUGGAUGCCUUAGGAAAUUCAUACCGAAAGUUACUACGCAAUUUUCGAUGUAUGCUGAAUUCUCAUAAUGAUCGGAUAGAAACAACAAGUUCUGGAUGGUUGUUAUUAUUAUUACUAUACGCAACGUCUAAUAUGUUAAAAAAAUCAUCAGCUCGAUAUAUUAUCGCAUGUUGUAAUGAGUUGAUUGGUAUAUGGUUUGAUGUUAUGUCUAAACAAUCUCAAUUAACGAAUUUUAAUGGAAAAAGGGCUCAAUGGGACAAAACGAUAGCUAUUUUAGAAAUGAUUGGCAUGUAA